ACCACUCAACUCAUUCACUCCUCCCUUAUUGACCACUGUCUCUCUCUCUCUCUCUCUAGAACUUUCUCUCACUAUCCUCAGCUAUGGCCGUCGUUGAGCCAACCGCCGCCGCACCGGAAAAUCCUCUCCUCCGCCGCCGCAACUCCGUUAUGCUUCCUACUAAGCUCAGUCUACCUCAUCAAUCAUCUGCAUCAACUACCACCACUACCGUUACCGCCACGGCAUCUUCGUCGGCUUCAUCGUCGUUGACGAAUUCGGUAAGCGAUGAUUUUGAGCUUUUCUCGAUUAAGCCUGUAUCAUAUACUUCUCUGAGGGAUCUCUUGCCACUGGCCGCCGUUAAUUCUCCUCGGCCUAUGGCUACGGUAAGCAACGGUCAAUCCGGUUCCGAGAUUUCAAUUCGGAAUCGACUCGUGAAGCAAGCCGCUUGGGCUUAUCUUCAGCCGAUGUCGUCUUCGCUGGAUUCCUCCGGCCGGAGCUUAUUCAGCCGCUUCUACUUCCGGUUUCCGGUUAUCAAUCCCGUCGCCGGAGUAAUAGAAUUCGUUGAUCGGUGCAUUUUUGCUCCUUUGAGUAAAGCUGUUGAUUGGCUACUUCGUGCUAUUCGGAUCCGGGGCUCCAGAUAACAACAAAAACAAACGACCCAAUUUAUAGAAUAUAUUCGAAUUUCGAUUAAAAAAAUAGGGUCAUAAAUGUACAACGCAUUUCAUUUUUCUAUAUGUAAACCA